AGGUUUGGCGCCUCUUGAAUGUGCUGCAGCCGCGGUGGGCGGUGAGAGCGAGACGGUGAGCGGUUUGAACCGAGCUGAGGCGGAAAUAUUGAAAUUUGUUUGUGGACAGCGCGAAAUAGAGCCGCUCCGUCCACAAACGAGGCGUUUCGGACCCAAAGAGUGAGAACGGGAGGUUUUUCCUGACUGUUUUCCGACUCUGGCUGCGUGAAGCCGGCUGAAAGUGGAGCGGCUCCCUCCUCCCGAGCUAACCGCUAACUAGCCGCCGAGCUAACGUCCUAGCUAGCCGCGGCUAAUCCCCAACAAACAAAGGACGACUUUGCCGGUGUUCGCCGUGUCCAUCCCGAAUCGCCCCGUUGAAUGAGGACGGAGCCUCCUGCACAGGUUCGUCAUGGUGCUGACAGGGAAGCGCUCAGAGAAGGGUCCGGCCUGCUGGAAGAGGAGGGUGAAGUCCGAGUACAUGAGGCUCCGGCAGCUGAAGCGCUUCAGACGAGCUGACGAGGUCAAGAGCAUGUUCAACACCAACCGCCAGAAAAUCAUGGAGCGAACUGACAUCCUGAACCAGGAGUGGAAGACCAGGCGGAUCCAGCCGGUUCACAUCAUGACGUCCGUCAGCUCCUUGAGAGGAACCCGAGAGUGCACCGUGGACAGCGGCUUCUCCGAGUUCUCCAAGCAGGUCAUCCCUCUGAAGACUCUGAACGCCGUGGCCUCGGUCCCCGUCAUGUACUCGUGGUCCCCACUGCAGCAGAACUUCAUGGUGGAGGACGAGACGGUGCUUCAUAACAUUCCCUACAUGGGGGACGAGAUCCUGGACCAGGACGGCACUUUUAUAGAAGAGCUCAUCAAGAACUACGACGGCAAAGUCCAUGGAGACAGAGAGUGCGGCUUCAUCAACGACGAGAUCUUCGUGGAGCUGGUCAGCGCUCUGGCACAGUACAGCGACAACGAGGAUGACGAGGAGGAGGAAGAGCAGGACUUCAAGGUGGACAAGAUGGACCUCUGUGAUGGCAAGGACCAUUCAGAAGACCCCCGCAAGGAUGGGCUGGCCAACAGCGACGGCCGAACCAACAGCGACGCCAGCAAGAAGUUUCCCUCCGACAAGAUCUUUGAAGCCAUCUCCUCCAUGUUCCCCGACAAAGGCUCCACCGAGGAGCUCAAAGAGAAGUACAAGGAGUUGACGGAGCAGCAGCUGCCCGGAGCGCUGCCGCCUGAAUGCACACCGAACAUCGACGGUCCGAACGCUCGCUCGGUGCAGCGUGAGCAGAGUCUUCAUUCCUUCCACACUCUGUUCUGCAGACGCUGCUUCAAAUACGACUGCUUCCUCCACCCUUUCCAUGCGACUCCAAACACCUACAAGCGUAAGAACCUGGAGAACCUGGUGGACAGUAAACCCUGUGGCAUCGACUGCUACAUGUACCUGGUGCAGGAUGGGAUGGUGAGGGAAUAUCCGGCCGGCGUGGUGGCCGAACGCGCCAAGACGCCCUCCAAACGCACGGUGGGCCGUCGCCGCGGACGACUGCCCAACAGCAACAGCCGGCCCAGCACCCCCACCGUCUCCUCGGAAACCAAAGACACGGACAGCGACCGUGAGGGCAGCAAGGAGGACGAGCGGGACAACGACAAGGACGACGAGGACAAGAAGGACGAGACGACCAGCAGCUCAGAGGGGAACUCUCGGUGUCAGACCCCGGUGAAGAUGAAGCUCAGCGGUGAAGCCGAAGCGGCGGACUGGAGCGGCGCCGAGGCCUCUCUCUUUAGGGUUCUCAUCGGGACGUACUACGACAACUACUGCGCCAUCGCCAGACUCAUCGGCACCAAGAGCUGCAGACAGGUCUACGAGUUCAGGGUGAAAGAGUCGAGCAUCAUCGCUCGAGCUCCAACCGAAGAUGAGGACACGCCCCCCAGGAAGAAGAAGAGGAAACACAGACUGUGGGCCACUCACUGCAGGAAGAUCCAGCUGAAGAAAGACGGCUCGUCCAAUCACGUCUAUAACUACCAGCCAUGUGACCACCCGCGGCAGCCGUGCGACUCCUCGUGUCCCUGCGUCACCGCUCAGAACUUCUGCGAGAAGUUUUGCCAGUGCAGCUCUGAGUGUCAGAACCGUUUCCCGGGUUGCCGGUGCAAAGCCCAGUGCAACACCAAACAGUGUCCGUGCUACCUGGCGGUCCGAGAAUGCGACCCGGAUCUGUGUCUGACCUGCGGCGCUGCAGAUCACUGGGACAGUAAGAACGUGUCCUGCAAGAACUGCUCCAUCCAGAGAGGAGCCAAGAAGCACCUGCUGCUGGCUCCGUCAGACGUGGCCGGUUGGGGAAUCUUCAUCAAAGAACCGGUCCAGAAGAACGAGUUCAUCUCUGAAUACUGUGGAGAGAUUAUCUCCCAGGACGAAGCCGACCGCAGAGGGAAGGUUUACGACAAAUACAUGUGCAGCUUCCUCUUCAAUCUCAACAAUGACUUCGUCGUCGACGCCACGAGGAAAGGCAACAAGAUCCGUUUUGCCAACCACUCCGUCAACCCCAACUGCUAUGCAAAAGUGAUGAUGGUGAACGGCGACCACAGGAUAGGGAUCUUCGCCAAGAGAGCCAUCCAGACCGGAGAGGAGCUCUUCUUCGACUACAGGUACAGCCAGGCGGACGCUCUGAAGUACGUUGGGAUCGAGCGGGAGAUGGAGAUCGCCUGAUCCGGACUUUACCUCCUGCUGACCGACGACACAAAGGCCUUACACACCAACACAAACAAAAAAAACACACCUUCACUUCAGGAAAUCCAGACGACUUGUCGAAUCGCUAGAAAGCUUCAGGAAAACUGGGAAUAUUUGAGUUUUUUGUCGCCUUCUUUUUCUCUUUUUUUUGAUACCUUUCAUAUCUGUUUUUUAAAUUUCUCUUCUUCCUCUUCUGUCGGGAGUUCGGGAUUCAUAAAUCUUCCCUCUGCUGAAGGCGCGGAUCACCUACAAACUGACUUCUGUGUGUGUUUUUUUUUUUAAAUAUCUCCACAUGAAGUGUCCUGCAGCGACAGGAGACAACAAACCGGCGUCUCGGUUCGAAGCUUCAGGGACCAAAAAUCCUCCAGCAGCUGCUGUUUGUGCUCCUCCUCCGCCGUGGUUGUCGUGUUGUGUUGUUUUUUGUUUGUUUUGACUAGACACAAACUCCUCAGAGUGCCACGUCACUGUCAGUCUGUACAACACGAGGACGAAACAGCGUUAUGACAACAACAACAACCUGGAAAUCCUCCAGAUGCAGCUCCUCCGAUGAGUUUAUCUCUGCGAUACGUUGAAUUUAUCUGGAUUUAUUCUGGAUUAAAGGCCGCAUGAACAGAAAACACACAAAAUAAGAAGAACAUCUGGCUGUUAGUUGUCAACGGUUUAAUUAACCAGCAGCUAUUUUAAACAUAGACUCAUUUUUUAGUGAAAAAAAUCUCAAUUUUGUGAUUUUUAGCCACUUAAAUUUGAAUAUUUUCAUUUUUUUCUGUCUUUAUUACAGAAAACUGAAUUUACUGAUGUUUAUUUACGACUGAAAAGAAAAACUUGUUUUCACAUCAAAAUGUGAAAAGUUUAUUGUUAAAUCCAAUAAAAUUUACUAUAACGUGAAACGAGUCACAUUUAAAUGAGAUAAAUAAGAUUUUGUCAGAACAGGAGUUUCUUGCUUCAACCGGAUCAGUUUGUUUGUCGUAACGUGAAAAUAUCUCGUUAAAAUAUGAAACUUUCCACUUUAAUAAUCUGAAACUGAUUCAGUUUCCUUUUUCAGUUUGUCAAAAUGGCUCCAGAAAACUGAUUUCAAACCUCAUUUUUGCUCAAAAUUGCAGCGAAAUUUUAGUUUUUAUGUCCGAAUUUAAUGCAAAACAAGAUGAUGACGCGUACAGACGUUUAUUUAGGCCUCAGGAAAGAAAAACCUGUUAAAAUGUGAAAAAUUUCUCGUUAAAACCAGGUUUUUUUUCAUGAUUUAUCACAAUAACAUACGUUAUGUUCAAAAAACAACAGAAUCUGUUUCAGUUCAACUCAGUAAAUAUGUGUUUUCUGCAUUUAAUUGAAGUUUAACCAAAACUUUGCAGGUUAAAAUGUGAAACUGAUGCAUGUGUUACUUUUUCUGCCUGUCAGAAAACUUCAUUUUAGGCUUUGUUUUUGCUCAAAAUUGCAGUGAAACUUUAGUUUGCACGUCCGAAUUUAAUGCGACACGAAACGACACGUUUGGAUGUUUAGUUAGGGCUCACUUUUUCAGAUCUCUGCCUUGAACUGUAUAAAUUAUUGUGUCAUAACGUGAAAAGGAGUCGCAUUUAAAGGAGAUGAAUAAGAUUUUAUUUUGAUUGGAGAAGUUUCUUGCUCAACUUGAUCUUUUGAAAUGUGAAAAUAUCUCCUUAAAACCUGAAACUUUCCACAUUAAUGAUGUAAAAUUGAUGCGUUUUUUUACUUUUCUGAUUGUCAAAAAAAUAAUUUCUGGUUUAAUUUUUGCUCAAAAUUGAAACAAAAUUUUUGUUUUUACAUACGAAUUUAGUGUGACACGAGACGACGACUUGUACAGACGUUUAUUUACGGCUCAGGAAAGAAAAACAUGAAAAUAUCUCGUUAAAACCUGAAACUUUCCACGUUAAUGUGAAAUUGAUGCAUUUUUCGUUUUCUGGUCGUCAGAAAACUAAUUUCAGGCCUCCAAGUUUCACAAUCCUCCAACAAAACUGCAAACAUUCUCUCAGAAAACCAGAAGAAAUCACCAGCGGACAUGUUGUUGUUGUUGUUGUUGACGCUGCUUCGUUGCUCCUGCUUCAGGUGCUAAACGUGAACCAACACAAAAACCAGCACAAACUCUCGGAUCCUUCAGUACAAACUAGAACCAAAGUUUUCCCAGAAUCCCUCAGCAGCAGCUUCUAUUUAACGUUUUAUUUUGGAUCCAGCUUCGUUUUCAGAGCCCUAGUUUGUAUUUUUAAUCGAAUUUCUGAAGAAUCUGAGCUCAGAUUAAGAUUAGUUUUGUUGGAAUUUAUGUCCAAAACCAUAAAAUCAGCUCAUGUGUGGAAGAGCUGCUGUUAGUUGGAUUGAUUUUUUUUUUUGCCGAAAUUCUCUGAUUCCAGCAUCUAUAAGUUGAAUAUUUUCAAUUUUUUCUGCUUUUAUGACCAUAAACUGGAUAUUUCUGGGUUUGUGGACUACACAAUCCACAUUUUUCACCAUUUUCUUCAUUUUAUUGACCAAACUAUUACUAUAACUGCAAAAAUAAUGCAUUUAUCAGUUAAUUAUUAUAGCUGCACAGUUAGUUUCCUUUUUAAUCAGUCAGUUGUCAACUAUGGAAUUAACCAGCAGCUGUUUUGAGCUUUAAUUUUAAAUUUUUUUUUUUUUUUUAAAGGAAAAAUUCUAAAUUCUCUGAUUUCAGCUUCUUAAAGUUGAAUAUUUUCAGUUUUUUUCUGCUUUUAUGACAGAAAACUGAAUAUUUUUGAAAACAACCAGCGUUUUUCUCCAUUUUCUUCUAUUUUAUUGACCAAACUAUUAAUAUAACUGAGAAAAUAAUUUCAGUUAAUUGUUGCAGUUUCCUUUAUAAUCAAUCAGAAAAAUGUCUAAACUCUCUGAUUCCAGCUUCUUAUAUUUGAAGAUUUUUUCUGUCUUUAUGACAUAAAACUUAAUAUUUUGGGGUUUAAGACAAAGCAAGACACAAUAAAUUGGUCUAUAAAAAGUCAGAAAAUGGUGAAAAAUGUCAAACACCUCGACUAACCGAGAAAAUAAUCAGUUUAUCAGUUAAUUAUUGCAGCUCUACAGUCACUGUCCUUAAAAUCAAUUAAUUGUCAACUAUGGAAUCAUCCAGCAGCUGUUCUGAUCUUUGAUUUUAGGUUGUUUUUUUAAAUGGAAAAAGUCUAAAUUCCUUGAUUCCACCUUCCUAAAGUUGAAUAUUUUCAGGUUUUUUUCUGCUUUUAUGACAGAAAACUGAAUAUUUUUUGAAAACAAUUGAGAUUUUUCACCAUUUUCAUCCAUUUUAGAGACCAAACUAUAAGUUUAAAUCUGUCAAUCAAAAAAAUGUCUAAAUUCUCUCAUUCCAGUGUCUUAAAUUUGAAUAUUUUUUUCUGUCUUUAUGACAUAACACUGAGCAUUUUGAGGUUUUAUGCAAAGCAAGGCAUGAUAAAUCGGUCUAUAAAAAGUCAGAAAUGGUGAAAAAUGUCAAAUAACACCUCGAUUAACUAAGAAAAUGAUCAUUUUCUCAGUUAAUUAUUGAAGCUCUGCAGUUAGUUUCCUUUAUAAUCAAUUAUUUGUCAACUGUGGUGACAUCUGCAGCUGUUCUGAUCAUAGAUUUUAUGUUUUUUUUAAGGACAAAAGGUCUAAAUUCUCUGACUCCAGCUUCUUAAAGUUGAAUAUAUUCAGUUUUUUUCUGCUUUUAUGACAGAAAACCUAAUGUUUUUAAAAACAAUCAACAUUUUUCUCCAUUUCUUCUAUUUUAUUGACCAAACAGCAAAUCUUAGUCAUUCAGGACCUGAAGCUGUGCAGUUAUUCCAGUUUGCGUCUAAAUUUCAGAGAAGCUCUUCUGUGAGGAUCUGAUGGGGAAACUUUGGUGGAUUUAGUUUGAACCUCCUGCUGUGCCUUGAGUCCUGAACAGAACAGAACAAAUCAGCGUCUUUGUUGGAUUCGAGGCGUUUCUAACCUCCUGCACGACGUUGUUGAAGCUCGGCUCGCUGCACUGCCUCGUCCUCGUGACGUCCAAUCAGAUUCCAGAGCAACAAUCACCUUCCUUCCCAUCCUGGUGCCCAGAGUCUGCCUCACUUUAAGCAAUACUCGCUUCUCCUCCACCUGGAUGUUUGUCUCACCGUCGAUGGAUGAAACUUCAGGUGCUUCGGUCUCUGCAGGGUUCCUUCAGGAACCUUUAGGGUUCUUCUGGUUGAACACAGCAAACCCACUGGAGCCUUCUCAUGAAGCCUGAAGCAGCUUUUUAUUCCUGGAUGCUGCUGCAGGUUGAGGACUGAGGAACAAAAAAAUAAAAACAAACCUUCAAAUGUGCUUCAAGAACUCUCAGGAGGAGAUUUAAGGAGUUACCUGGUCCUCCAUCACCUCAAACUGCAGCUUAUUUAUGGUUUCAUGUCCGCCUGCUGCUCUUCUUCUACUACUUUCUCUUCUACUUCAUCUUCUACGACUUCAUCUUCUUCUCCUACAUAUUCUUCUAAUUCUUCUUGUUCUACAACUUCUAACUUCUACUCUUUCUAACUUUUCCUUGUUCUUUUUCUAACAUCUUGUUCUACUUCUCCUACAUCUUCUCCUUCUGUCUGCUACUACAUCUUUUCGUCCACUACUUCUUCUGCUACUACUUCUAACGUCUUCUUCUACUUCUUCUACCUGCUUCUUCUUCUAUUAUUGCUUCUCCUCCUCAUUCAUCAUCUCCUCUUCCUUCCUGUCAGACCAGGUCCACUCUUUCCUCCAACGACACAGGUGCUGUUUUUGUAAUGUUUACAGGGAUUUUGUUGUUUCAAAGUGAUGCAGAUUAAAAUAUUCUAAAUGGUGGAA